AAGGGUGUCUCCCAGCUGCAACGGUCUGCCCCCACGCCUCUGCAUUUCCCCAGCGAUUAGCCAGGGACCCAACACAGCCGCCUGACCUCUUUUACGAACAACAAAACCGUGAUGAAGGCAACAGGAGUCAGAAAACUAUUCACUGCAGGAAGCCCCAGUAUCCGGUGAGAAAUAAGAAGUACAACAGUACAGGAUGCGCCUUGGGUCAGGGGGAUGUGAAAAGCCCUCGGUCUUUGUGUUCUUCCCUGUGCCAGAACGUCUGCGUCGGAGCCCUCAGUUCUCCUCUCAGCUCAGCUGCUGUCACUGCACGGCUGCCAGCCUCCCGCUGAAGGGGACACGGAGCCAUAAUGGCCACCUCUGCCGGUCUGCUGCUGCCGCUGCUGCUCCUGGGCCAGCCCUGGGCGGGGGCUGGAGCUCCCGGGGAAGCUGUGGUGUGCGCGGGGAAUGCCUGCUACACAGCCCACUGGGGCAAGCUGAGUGCGGCCGAGGCCCAGAGUCACUGCAGCAAGAAUGGGGGCAACCUGGCCACCGUGAAGAGUGAAGAGGAGGCUUGGCACAUCCAGCGAGCCCUGGCCCAGCUCUUGGAGUUGGAGGAGGCCCUAGAAGCUCGGAUGGGCAAGUUCUGGAUCGGGCUCCAGCGCGAAAAGGGAAAGUGCUUAGACUCCAGCUUGCCGCUGAAAGGCUUCAGCUGGGUGGGCGGCGGGGAAGACACACUUUACACCAACUGGAACAGGGAGGUCAGGAGCUCCUGCAUCUCUAGGCGCUGUGUAUCCCUGCUGCUCUAUCUGUCUCUGCCGUCUCAUGCCAGCCACCUCCCCAAAUGGUCUGAGGGCCCCUGUGGGAGCCCAAACUCUCCUGGAAGCAACAUCGAGGGCUUUGUGUGCAAGUUCAGUUUCAAAGGCAUGUGCCAGCCUCUGGCUCUGGGGGGCCCAGGCCGGGUGGAAUACAGGACCCCGUUCCAGGCCACCAGCUCCUCCCUGGACACUGUGCCCUUUGCCUCUGUGGCUAACGUGGCCUGUGGGGAUGGGGACGAGGGUCGGGAGCAUUACUUCCUGUGUAAGGAGAAGGCCUCAGAUGUGUUCGACUGGGGCAGCUCAGGCCCCCUCUGUGUUAGCCCCAAGUACGGCUGCAGCUUCAACAACGGGGGCUGCCAGCAAGACUGUUUCGAGGGUGGUGAUGGCUCCUUCCGCUGUGGCUGUCGGCCGGGAUUCCGGCUGCUGGACGACCUGGUGACCUGUGCCUCCCGGAACCCUUGCAGCUCCAGUCCCUGCAAAGGGGCAGCCACCUGUGUCCUGGGACCUCACAGGAAGAACUACACGUGCCUCUGCCCCCAAGGCUACCAGCUGGACUCAAGUCAGCAGGACUGUGUGGAUGUGGACGAGUGCCAAGACUCCCCCUGCCCACAACAGUGUGUCAACACACCUGGGGGCUUCCACUGUGAGUGCUGGGUGGGCUACGAGCCCCGUGGCCCUGGGGAGGAGGCCUGUCAGGAUGUGGACGAGUGUGCCCCUGGCCACUCGCCCUGCGCCCAGCGCUGCACUAACACAGAUGGCUCGUUCUACUGCUCCUGCAAGGAGGGCUAUGUCCUGGCUAAGGAGGAUGGCACCCAGUGCCUGGAUGUGGACGAGUGUGAGGGCCCGGAGCAUGGCCUUUGUGAGGGCUUGUGCCUCAAUACACAGGGGUCCUUCCGCUGCAGCUGCCUGCCGGGCUGGGAGCUGGGCCCGGAUGGGGUCUCGUGUACCACAGGGUCCACGUCUCUGGCACCACAGACUGGGCCUCCCCAGGGAGAGGAUAUGGGAGAUAGAGAGGGGAAUCUUGUGUAUUCUUCCACAAUAUCCAGGCCCACCAGGGACUCCGAGGGCACCUCCAAGGAGGCAUCCACCAUGAAGAGUCCCUCCCUCCCAUCUGAGGCCCCCACCACCCUGACUGUGCCUGACAUGCUGGCUCACAGUGGGCCCCCUGGCGAAUGGAUGGAGCCCAGCACCCAUCACCCCAAGGCUACCACAGAUGGUGGGGAGAAUAUGGAUGAGGAUUCCAUGUCCAAACAAAGUGACAACGGCACCGAUGGGCAAAAGCUGCUUUUGUUCUAUAUCCUGGGCACAGUGGUAGCCAUCUUACUCUUACUGGCUCUGGCUCUUGGACUUCUGGUCUAUCGCAAGCGGAAAGCAAAGAGGGAGGAGGAGAAGGAGAAAAAGCCUCAGAACGCUGCUGACAGCUACUCCUGGGCUCCAGAGCGGGCUGAGAACAGGGCCUUGGAGAAUCAGUACAGUCCAACGCCAGGGACGGACUGCUGAAAGGUGAGGCAGCCCCAGGGACACUGCCAGUUGGCCAUCACCAUCCUCAGAGCUUUCCACACCCCAUCGGAAGGGGCGACCCACAUCCUUCCCAAAGACUGGACUGGAAUCUUAGCAAACAGUGGUAAACAUUCUUAAAAGCCUAGCACCUUGGAAUAUACAGGUAUUUUCUACUUGUGCGUGGUAAUCCUGAAGUAGAAGCAAUGGGUUGGGAUGUGAUUUCGGGAAUUUUGUGGAUGUUAACAAUUCUUACUUUCCCUUUGCAAAUUCAAAUGUGACCAAUUUCACAUUUCCCACUGAUUCUGGAUGAGGGAGUUACAAAUCAGGUGCUAAUGGGGCUCCUUCUAAACUGCUUCCCUGCUCGCUUGAACAUCUGAGGAGAAAAGGCUGUCUGCUAAUGAUAAUUAGUGUUGAAAUGAUUUGUUCCUCUUGGUAUAACAGAGACUAAAUCAUUGUUUAAUGAUGUAAAAAGUUUUUCUUUUCUUUUUUUGUCAAAAGGAACAUAUUGAGGACUGGAAACAUUUCUUUACAUUUGCAUUCAUGUAUUUUCCCAUCACAAGCCCUGAUAAGCUUGACCUUGUUGAAAUCCUCCAGAAUGACCAUAGUACCCUGGACUGCUCAAGUAGCAAGGAUGCUGGAAGUUUACAAAUUGCAUUUCCUAGUUCUUAACAUUGCUAAUAGUUUUGGGUUUCUUUGCAAGUGAAGUCUGGAAAGUGUGGGAGAAGGAUGAAGGGAGUUGAAAGUGUUUUUGAAAGCCAGUAAUCCAAAGAGCUGGAGAGAGAGGCCUGGGGUUUGUUUCACAAAUACUUGAAUCAAUCCAUCUAAAUGCACUUGUGUUAACACACACUAUUGAUGAGGUGAACACGCACAAGGAGAAAAGUCAGAGUCGUCUCUCCUAUGCCACCUGCCUUCCCUGCAUUGUGCUCUGGAUUUAAAUGCUCUGAUUGUAGAUGGAUGAAGCCCCUAGAAGUCUCUCAUUCUGACUGUUAACACUGUAUGAGGGAGAUGAGAUGCUGAGCUUUGAAAGCUGGCAUCAUAAAGCAUUUUAACACAGCUCACAGUUGGUAUUGCUUCCUGAGGGCAUGAUUCCUGAUUUGUGGCUAUAGCUUGCAACCAGGUCAGGGACCAGACAGGAGGGACGCUGGCCCUGUGCUGCUUAAAGAACAUUUGUCAUAUUUUUCUCUUGUUCUUAAAAAAGCGGGGGAGAAGAGAAGGGUAGAGAAAAAGAAUAAUUCAAAUCUUUUGCAACCAUAAAAACUGCUUGAAGCAAUUUUAAUUUAUAUCCUCCUUUUAAAAUGCUUGCUUGUGAAGAUUUCCCCUCCUGAGGUAGUGGUGGAGAGCACUACCUUCUCAUGUGGUUCUGCCUGGGUCACUGGAAAGUAGCCGUGGGAUUCACUGAUGAUCAGAGCUUUUUUUUUCUUUUUUUUUACUUUAUAUUAGAGGAGUUUUAAUUUUUUUUAAUAUAAUUUAUUGUCAAAUUGGUUUCCAUACAACACCCAGCGCUCAUCCCAACAAGCGCUCUCCUCUCUGCCCACAACCGCUUGAGUAGCACCAGGAGGACUCAGGUCACCUGCAGGCUUUUUGCUGUCACCACGCAGAACAGAUUAGGAAUGUGUUUCCUUCCGGGGAUUCCCAAGUCUGCCUCUCAAAACCAGGGUGCCCUAUUGUUUCUGGCUUUGCCUUAGAAACACAUCUGUUCCAGAGGCGGACACCUGGGGCAGGAAUAGCUGCCAGGUGAAUGGCUGGCCCUCAGAGUUAAGUAAAUAUCCUUUUGCCAAUAUUGAAAUGUAAAUUCUAUAGUUUAGAUUUUUUUUUCUUUUUUUUUUUUUUGGAAAAAGAGUAACUGAAGGAGUGAGUAUACAGAAAGAUGAAGGUUUUGGAGGACUUAGCAAGGUGUUUGGAACUUUGCUUUUAAAAGACAUCUAAUAUUAUUUAGAUUUCAGUUGAAAUACUGGCGUGUAACACUCAGGAGACAAAGGCUUAUAUCCACUAGCCCCAGGAUCCUUGGCUGUCUGUUGUGUGGGAACCAACCACACCGCUAUUCAGAGCUGGCCAGAGGCAUUGCUGACAAUAUGUGCACUUACUUGAACUAACUGCAAAUUCAACAGCUUUGCCUCCAGGCUUUUACAGUUCUACCCUUAUCACUAGGGGAAAGAAGACAUUCCUAUUUAGGCUUCCCCUAAGUCCCUCUGAGGGCCUGUGGGACCUUGUACUGGCUGAGGUCCCCAAACAUGCUCUCUCAUUUUUACGGAGUCUGACUUCUUCUACUGCCCAGCCCCAUUUUUGACUUUUGUGUUCAAAUCCCUCUGUGCGUGGGAAUGUGAAGCCCUAUCCCUGAUGGCAGGCAGACCGCAGAUACCCACUGUGAAACACACAAGGGGAGAAAUGGACCAAUAAAUAAUUCCCCAAAUCCCCUCUAGCAGAAUCAGUCCAUUCGUGAGCAGAUGAGCCCUACCUUCUCUCCCGGAAGCUCCAACCAGUGGCCAAGAUCCCUGAAUUGGAUGACCUUAUCUGAUGAAAACCACUGGCCUCAAACAAAUACUGUUCUCCCCUUUGAUACUGCUGCCAUUUUGUAUGAGGGAUGUGAACUACUGUUUGGGGAGAUGGGGACCCAGCAGUGGAUGAACCACUGGCCACGUGGCCAUUGACAAACUAGUUGUCGGCAAACUGUCCAUUUAUAUAUACAGAAGCUCCCCGGGUGGCUCGGCCACGACACAGCCUGGGAAAUGGAGGGGUUGAAGCAUGGGAGAGGUAGACUCUGCUGUGCACAGACUCUUCCAACUGUGUGCCUGGGCUGGGCUGGGGCAGACUGAGGGCUGUUCUGUCCCUGACCUGCAGAGCAGCAGAACGGCCAGGGUGAUGGGGAAAGGGUGACAGGUCCAUUCGGCAACAGGCUUAAAGACAAUGGAUACUUUUGCCCAAAUAGAAUUUCCCAUAGUUCAAUAAUUCUAGGAUGCUCUUGGACAAUUUAUAUUAGGAAGAAACUCACCCUCUCCCCUCUAUCCAUCUCCCAAGGAAGAUAAUUGAAAGGGAGAAUGACUCCUAAAACAUGCAGCCCACUAUGUUCAUUCCCGAACUUAGAGAUAAUCACUGCUCUUUUUUCUUGUUCAUUUGAACAUGUGAUGCUGGACAAGCCUCGCUCCAGAAUCUGAGGAGUGUAAAAGCAAAGGUGGGGCAAUUAUCUGAAAAUGCCUUUGAAAGAGUUGGACCCAGUGAGGUCUUUUGUAGGAUGCACCCACCCCUGCUCAACAUCGUGACCUUGAGGCAAAAGAUGGCCUUGCAGGUGUCCCUUUGGUUCACCCACAUGCCUGAUCAUCAUAAUUGUGGCAUCUGGCACCACACAUCCACAUCGUGUUUUCCCUUCAGCAUCAAGUGGGUGACUUAAGUGGGUUCUGCCUUAAGAACGGGAGGGAUGCAGGCUAACAUCCUGUCCAUGAUUAGACAAAAAGGUGGAAUAAAAAGUUAAACAUGUAUGUGAGCGUUGUAUGUGCACAGUACAGGAAGAAUUAGGUUGGAAAUGAAUCUCUGUCCCUGAAACACACACAUGUGUGUUACUAUUCUUAUGUUUCAGUCAGGAGCCCCUGUUUGAACUCAUUCUGGUGGCACCUGCACUUUUAUCACUGAACGUUACCUUUGGAAAAUAUAGAUGUGAUCAUUAGCUGAUUUUAUUCCAACCCUCUUUCCCAUAAACGUUUCUGUGAAAACCGAGAACAGAGGAGUUUUGAUUCCCAAAAAUGUACUACAUUCAAAGUAAUGCAUUUUUAAAAGCAAAUAUAGGACAGCCUUUUCCUAUUAUUUUUCUCCUUAGCUUCUCCAUUGUCUAAAUCAGGAAAACAGGAAAGCAUGGCUUUCUAGCAGCUGCAAAAUGGUGUAAUGUCCCCUCCAUGUUUCCAUCACCUUAAACAAUAGAUUAGCAUGGGAAUCCGAGAUAUGAUCCUUGAAAACAUCUGUCCCUGUCUGGCUGCAAAACCUACUGCUUAUAGCCAUGUGGUUUGUGGCAUUUGUCAACCAAAACAAACAAACAAAAAAGCCGAUAAUCAGAAUUCUCCACAUAUUCUGUAAUCAAAUACCAUAUUCUGUUCCAGAUUCCCAAAACUAAUACACGCUGAAGUGCUUUCUUAAAAAGUGAAUUGUGUUUUGACCUGUUCUUGGGGAUCAUGCGCAUCUCCUCUAGGAAAAAACUCUAGAAUAUCUUUCUCACAUUGUUCCUCUUUAUCUGCAAGGGGGCAAGCAUUUCCUUUCCACAAAUCUUGCCCACCAUUCUUCUGGACUGUGUUCUUGGUGCACAUUUGACUGAAGCUUGAAUUAGGUUGUUUGCAAGGCCUUGUUCUAUGACACUCAAUGGGACUGUAAAUGUCAGUCAUCCCUUCACAAAUGCUAGAUAAGAAUUUAGUAUUUUUAAAUCUGUGUAUUUGAAAUUUGUUCCACUAAUUCUGCCAUCGUGGGAUUUCUGUGCAGGGCGUCUUUCUGUCCUGGGCCCGACUGUUUCCCAGGCGGGGGGAGGGCAGGCUUGGCUGAUGCACAGGGCCUCGGAACUCUGAGAAACCAAGGGCCAUAUCGAGUCCGCCUCGACAAGCAGCAAGCCUGCCGUCCUUUGUGUUUUAUGUCACAUGCCUAACCUAAUAAACUCUGGACUGCA